UACUAACAAUUAGAUUUUUUUAUCGGAAAAAAACAUAAAAACACAGAAAAAAACUGAGAAUUUAGUGAAAAGUUUGUAUUUUUAGUUUUAAAAAACAAUGAUGAUGAUGGAUGCUGGUGUUUUCUUCAAUAAACUUCCAUCAUCACUAAAAUUUAUAAACCCUAGUAAAUCUAAAUUAUCUAAAUUUUCUUCUUUUUCAUUAGCUACAACUGGUAUCGAAGGUGAUCAAGCUGUUCAAUCUGCUUCUUUAUCACUUGGUCACCUCACUAGACCUGAUUUUCCAAUUCUCCAUCAGGAGGUUAAUGGGAAACAACUGGUCUACUUAGAUAAUGCUGCAACUUCUCAGAAGCCUAUUUCGGUAUUGAAGGCUUUGCAGAAUUAUUAUGAAUCUUAUAAUUCUAAUGUUCAUAGAGGAAUUCAUUACUUGAGUGCAAAAGCAACUGAUGAGUAUGAGUUGGCAAGAAAGAAAGUGGCGGCUUUUAUAAAUGCGUCCGAUUCUAGAGAGAUUGUAUUUACUAAGAAUGCUACUGAAGCUAUCAAUCUGGUUGCUUAUACUUGGGGCAUAGCAAAUUUAAAGCCAGGAGACGAGGUUGUACUCACUGUUGCUGAACAUCACAGUAAUAUUGUUCCGUGGCAACUCGUUGCUGACAGGACUGGUGCCGUACUGAAAUUUAUUGAUUUGAACGAGAAUGAAGUUCCUGAUAUACUGAAGUUUAGAGAAAUGAUCUCGAGGAAGACCAAACUUGUAGUUUUUCAACACGUCUCUAAUGUUCUAGCUUCUUUUCUUCCCGUGGAAGACAUUAUCCGUUGGGCACAUGGUGUUGGAGCAAAAGUGCUUCUAGAUGCUUGUCAAAGUGUUCCUCACGUUGUAGUUGAUGUCCAAGGACUGGAUGCGGAUUUCCUUGUUGCUUCUUCUCACAAGAUGUGUGGGCCCACAGGCAUCGGAUUUUUAUAUGGUAAAAGUGACAUCCUGUCCACUAUGCCUCCUUUUUUAGGUGGUGGAGAAAUGAUCUCUGAUGUGUUUUUGGAUCAUUCGACUUAUGCAGAACCUCCAUCAAGAUUCGAGGCUGGAACUCCAGCAAUUGGAGAAGCAAUCGGGUUAGGAGCAGCAAUUGAUUAUUUGUUAGGGAUUGGUAUGCAAAAGAUUCAAGACUACGAGAUGGAUUUGGGUAAUUAUUUGUACGAAAGCCUUAGUUCUAUCAACAGUGUUCGUAUCUAUGGCCCUAAACCUUCAGAAAACGUUCAUCGAGCAGCUCUUUGUUCUUUCAAUGUUGAGAACAUUCACCCAACCGACAUUGCAACUUUUCUGGACCAACAGCAUGGAGUGGCUAUUAGAUCAGGUCAUCACUGUGCUCAACCGCUUCAUCGGUAUUUAGGGGUAAAUGCAAGCGCUCGUGCUAGUCUCCAUUUCUACAACACUAAGGAGGAUGUUGAUGAUUUCAUCCGGGCACUCAAUGACACCAUCAACUUCUUCAACUCUUUCAAGUAGAGUUAUGUCUUAAUAACUGCCACCCCUGUACGAUACUCUGUAACUCUUGCAACCGUUCCUUGCGUUUUCCCUUGAGUUAAAGAUCCCUCGCUGUGCUAGCUCAGUUUUGAUGCGUGUUGUACAAGAAUCCAUAUUUGUAAACUAGAUCCAUUAUUUAAACUCGCUACGAGAUUGUACAUCAUCUUUAGAUGUAAUAAGUAAUAAAGUGGCAUGAGAUGGUCAUGAGCAUGUAUCAGGAAUAAUGGAAGUUUUCUGUUGGAAACUAUCAGCAUAAAUUCAGUUUUGAAUGGUAGUUGCAUCAUUUUCACAUUGAUGCUGAA